GUGCAUAUCGUGAGUAUCGUGAAUGUGUGCUCGUUAGAAUCUGGUGCUGUGCUGUACUGUACGGUGCAGUGCCGUACACGUAGUCUGCAACGGUGCGGGGCACAAGUAUGAUGGCCUGAAGAGUUUUCGUGUCUUUUGUAAGUAUCAUGCCUUUGUCUGCACUUUCCUUCAUAUCCCUGGUUUCCAACCGCUGCAACCCCACCCACCACCCAUAUAUCCCCCGCGACCAGGAGCCCAUUAAGGCGUUUGAUCAUGGCUCCUCCCAACACCCCGACAACAAUUUCUGAGCUACAGGACUUGAUCAACUCGCACCCUAUCAUCGACAAUCACGCCCACAAUCUUCUCCGCGAUGCAGUGUCAAGCUCUUCUCCCCUCGAAUCUAUAGUGACUGAAGCGUCUGGACUUGCUCUCAAUGAUGCCGCCCGCACCCUCGCGCACGCCCGUGCCGUCACCCAACUUUCCGGCUUGCUAGGCUGUGCCCCGACUUGGGAAGCCAUCAAGGACAAGCGCAGAACAAUCGAUUAUGAAGCAUGGGCUAGGAAAUGUCUUUCGGGGACCCAAUGUCUACUCAUAGACGAUGGGUUAGAUGCGGAAGGUGUGCAUCCUUACGAUUGGCAUGACCGCUACACCUCGUCACCUUCGAAGCGUCUUGUUCGUGUUGAGACGCUUGCUGAACAGGCGCUUCGCAAAUUUGCGCCUGACUUCAAAGAAGGCGAAAACGGCAAUCCGCUGGAAGGGGAUUUUGAUUACGGAGCAGAAGCGGAGCUGUUCAAUCGAUGGGCCGAACGGUUUGCCGGAUUGAUCAAUGCUGCCGUUCAAGACCCAGCGGUUGCGGGAUUCAAGUCCAUUAUUUGUUAUCGGAGCGGGCUCGAUAUCGCCAGUGAAACAACAGGGGGGUUGCUUUUGGAUGCCUUAAAAAAAGCCUUGCGGGGUGCUAGAAGGGACGGUGGGCGAUAUAAGAUUCGUGAUAAAAUUUUAGGAGAUUUUCUGGUGUGCGAGGUUGCUAGAAUCAUCACAAAGAGUGGAUCUUGGAAGCCCUUGCAGUUCCACACGGGAUUGGGAGACAAUGAUCUCAGUAUUAGGAAGGCCAACCCUGCGUGCGUGCCUCCCGCUUUGUGCAGCGAAUUCUCAUGACUGAUUGUUUAGCUAUUUGCAAGAUUUUAUCAAGGAGAACCCGCAUGUCCCGAUCGUCCUAUUGCACUCUUCCUAUCCAUUUACACGUGAAGCUGGCUACCUUGCCUCCGUGUAUAAGAAUGUAUAUCUCGAUAUUGGGGAGGUCUUUCCCAUGAUUUCUAAAAGUGGGCAAAAAUCUGUUCUCAAACAGUGUCUAGAGUGCACACCUGGCAAUAAACUUCUCUGGAGCACGGACGGCCAUUGGUUCCCCGAGGGGUUUGCCCUGGCAAAUAUGCAGAUACGUGAAGUGUUAGGUGAGGUGUGUAUUUCCCGCACUUUAUUGGGAGGCGUUCGUGUCGUGUUCUCACGUGUCGCCAUUUCUUAAACAGGUUCUUUCAAAAUGCGUAGCCAAGGGUCAGUUGACUGUGCCCCAGGCUGCGGAUUUUGUUAAAGACCUGCUCUUCGAGAACUCCAAUCGGCUCUACAAGCUCGGCCUCGUUCCAAUCUUCACUCCUACCAUUAAUUCUGUCGGUCACUCACUCCCGGUUAACCGGGAGAUGCAAAUGCUCUCUGAAUUUCUCCACAGGAAUCCUCACGUUAAAUACUUUCGUUUGCAAUGGGUGGAUUAUACCAACACUCUUCGUCUCCGGCUUGUGACUCUAGCACACAUGGACAAGAUGGUUUCAGAGGGCACUGUUCUGACAGUGACGAGAGCUGUCCUAUCGCUCCUGCAAGAUGAUGCCCCAACAGAUGAUUUCACCCCCACUGGAAGAUAUAAUCUUGUCCCGGAUUGGUCGAGCUUGAGGAUUUGUCCUGGGGAUUCUGAUGAUCCAGAGGAUGCCUCUAAACACGCGAGUAUGAUGUGCUACUUCAGGGACAAUAAGGAAGAGGUGGAUACCUGUCCGCGUACUAUACUUUCCCGAGCCGUUCAACGGGCUAGAGAAGAACACAAAGUGGGCUUCCUCAUCGGAUGGGAAACCGAGGUGGUCUUCCUUAAUAAGUUCGAUCUCGGGACUGCCGACAAAGCGCACGCCUGGAGCACUGCUCGAUCCCUCCAAAAUCGCUGCCUCAAAGCUCUUGAACAAAUAGUUGAUGCGCUCGAAGCAUCUGGUAUAGAAGUCCUCCUAUUCCACCCCGAGAGUGCUCCGUCUCAAUACGAGAUUGUUACGGGUCCACUUCCACCUCUUGAAUCUAUCGAUGCACUCUACCAUACUCGCGAGACAAUUGCGCGCAUUUGUUCCCACCACAACCUCCGUGCUACACUUCAUCCGAAGCCCUUCAAAGACGCCGCCGGCACUGCUGCGCACAUGCAUAUGUCGAUAACGCCGCCCUCAGAGCCCCUCCAGAGUGCUUUCUUUGCAGGCGUGCUAUCCCACCUCGGACCUCUAGCAGCAUUGACUCUACCACAACCGGCCAGCUAUGAGAGGCUUAGGGAUAGCUGCUGGUCGGGGGGCACUUGGAUUGCUUGGGGGGAGGAAAAUAGGGAAGUUCCCUUGAGGCGCGUGAACAUAGAGGAAGCUCAUUGGGAAAUUCGGUGUAUUGAUGGACUUGCGAAUGCUUAUCUCGCCGCCGCCGGGGUCAUCUCGGCCGGAUGUUUGGGCAUACUGGACGGAAUAAGAUUGCCUGGCGAGAGCUGUAACUGUAGUAUCCCCUCCGCCCUUUCCCUACUUCUUUAUCCAUCACAGGAAUACUAAUAAUCCUAGCUGACCCAUCCAAAAUGGAAUCUUGGGAACGUAACGGUUUAGGGAUCACCGAGCAGCUCCCUGAUGGGAUUGGCAAAGCGAUGGACCUUCUAAGAGUCGACAAAAAGUUGAAGGCUCGGAUCGGUGAGGCGUGCAUGGCGAAGUACAUCAUACUGAAGAAGAACGAAAUUGCGGCCCUUGAAGCAAAAUCUUCUGUACGGGAGUGGAUUAUCGAUAGAUACUAGAUGGGUUGGGAAGCUGUAGUUUUUUUCCAAGGGAAUUUUAUACCAACUUGAAUGUUUAGUGCGAUCAGUAUUCUACCACGGGGGCUCUGGGACGGGGUCUCGAUUUCUAGUAGCUAUUUCGCUAUGGUUCUUGUUUUUUUGGCUUUGGCUUUGGCGGGUACCAGUUCCAUAGACUGCGGUUGCUCACGAGUUCGUGGUCUUCCAUCACCUACUGCUCGCAAUGCCCUGAACAAGAUUAACA